AUGGAAAUCGCCAUGGAUCAAGCCGUGGCAGCGGCGAUGCCCGCUAGCACGGCGACCGAUGUGUCACCCUUCAUCGGGAUUUUGCUGGCGGUCAAUGAGCGCGCCGGGCACAAGCUGACUUUUGCAUACCCCCCGGCGCCCGGGUUCGUCGUGCCGGCAGAUCUAGAUGAAGCACACCCGGGCGCCGCCGGCACAGGUAGCCCCCCCGGGCCCAAGGGCGAUCUCGGCCUCGGCUCCGAUCUGCCGAUUGACUUGGCCGGCUUUGAGCCCUUCAUCGCGGCAUCGGACUUCCGCCCGGGGCUUGGAGACUAUGCCGAACACUUCCUUUCGGAGGCCGAUUUGACUGAAGGCGGCUCCGACCGGUCGGGCCUCGAGUCAGGGGGUGGGUCUUCGGACUCGGGCGCCGCACAUGUCGCCCCGUCACAGUGGUCCGUCUGUCCGUUGCAUGAAACGCCGGAUCCCUUGCACAUGUGUGACAUGUGUGCCGGGGUCGUCGGUGCCAGCACUUCCUCUCCCGGGAGCCCUACUUCCCAGCCGGCAUCCGGCACCACGGCUGCCCUUGGAUCGACGAUGCCGAGUGCCAGUACCACCGGCUCCAGCACGCCCGGCACCGCACCACCCGGGCCGGUCUCCACCGGUAGUGGCGGCAGCGGUAGCAGUGCGCCGGCGACCACCGGCGGCGGCCCAUCUUCCAGCUCCACCAGCAGCACCCUAACUCGGGCACAGGCUUUUGGCGGCCAUCUUUUCGGCAUCGACAUUCACUAUCUCUCGGAUCUGCUGACUCCCCGGCGGGCAAGCUGCAACAAGCGCUUUGAGCUGGGUGUUGAUGAUGUUCUCUUCAUCGGCCACCCGAUCGAGGUGCAUCCGGGCCCGGGGUCCAGGGCCCUCGGCACCGAGUCCGGCCCGAGUCUUGAAUCGCGCACCGGGCUCUACCUGUCCGAGUCCUUUUCUUCCGGAGCCGGUGGAGGGACCGGCCUGGCCGGGGCUGGCACUGGCAUCGGGACCGGAGGGCCGGCGCUCGCCACCGGUAUCAGCAACGGCGGCACGGUCAAGGCCACCGGUUCGCCGCAUCUGCACCAUGAAGAUGCUCAGGAUGCUGGCCGGGCAUCCGAGCUCCAGCUCUUCCACGUCGUGCUUGUGGCCCGUCGGUCGGCCUCGCGGUCGGUGGUCGAUCGGGCAUAUGAUCUGGUUGUGCGCCGGGCAGCCAACAUCCUGGCCCGGGAGCAAUCGCGCACCGGAUAUGUCACCCGUGAGUGCUCCCUCUUGGCGGACACGGUGGCUAAGUAUCAGGGUGGCACGCCGGCCGGGGGAAUGCAAUCGAUCGAGUCGGCCGUCAUGCGGGAAAUCCUUCGCCGGAGCGACUUGGCCCGCGGGCUGGCGCGAAUGUUCGACUGCCUCGGGGAUCGACGCCCGCUGGGCGGUGCCCAGGUGCCCAGGGCCCUGUCAGGCCGCGAGCAUGAAUCCCACUCGCUGCCGGUGCCGACCUUUCGCGAGGUUACAUUCAAUCGGUGGAUUCGCCUGCCGGUUCCGACCGCCACGACGAUCCUGCGGCCGCCUGUCAUCGGCACCGAGGCGGCCGUCGGGGCUGACUCCGCGGGCCAGUUGGAGGACGAUUUGGAUUCGGUGUCGGUGGCCAUCCGCCCAUUUCACACGUUGCUGCUGACAUGCCAAAUUGGCGAGGAUGUCCAAUCAAAUCACCAGGCAAAUGCGCUUGGCGCCCGGAAGGGCCGUCACCUGUCUGGGCAUUUCAAUGCCUUCGAACUGUCGGAGCUCCUGCACGUGAACUCCGACUCGGACGAGGAACUCCCCGAGGAGGCCGACCACGAGCCGGCUCGGCGACCGCGCAUGACGCACAAACAGCGUGUCCUUGCGGCCCUGCCUGGGGGGUUUUCCUCCCUCCUGCGUGAGCUGGUCAUCGCAUCCGAUCCCUUCACCUGCUUUUCCGACCUCCAGGCCGGCCUCUGUGUGCCGGAUCUCCCGGGGGUUGGGUCGGUUCCAGCGGCACUGACAGCCGCCGCAAGACACCUGGUUUCCUGGGGCCUGGCCGUCGUGUGCUAUCCUCCGCGGGGGUUUUCGCGCUUCCUCCCGCGCGUGGUCCCCGAGACAUGGGCCCUUGCCCAGCGGGAGUACGCCGAGCGCUUUGGCCAUCGGUGGGACUCAAGUCCGAUCGGAGCCGGGCGCUGGCUCGGUGACCUCGCCCACCUACUUGGGCUUUUUGCCCGCGGUGCCCCCUUGCAGGAGGUCAUGACCAUGGCGACAGCCGGCUUGAAGCAUCCGGGCCAGGGCCGGGGCUCUCUCCUUCGGCGGCUUGUGUGGUUGCUCCGGCGCGGGCUGGUGGAGGAAUUGCACGUCUUUCCGAGGCUCCUUCCUCCCUUUGCCCCGGUCGGCUUGGCUCCCGGGGUUGCGAUGCCACUGGCGGCGGAGCGUUUUGCCCGCGCGACGCAGCUGCUACGCGAUGCCCUGGCUCGGCCGGUGGCCGGUCCGGCUUCGAGCUCGUUGCCGAUGUUGGCACCGGCAUUCCCCAUGCCAGCGGGGCUUGCUGUACAUGGUACCCCCGGACCGGCCUUCUCCCCGCUCGGGUCACUCGAUGGGAGCCUGGGGAAUUUUGGGAUGAUGGACUUUUCGUCCCUUGCCCCGGGGCUCUUUUCGCCCUUGGGCGUGGCCGGCGAGGCCAUGCCGAUGCCGAUGCCGAUGCCGAUGCCGAUGCCGAUGGAUUGGGCCGCCUCGAUGGCGGCACUGAUGCCUCUCCAACUACAAGCCAUGCCUCCGACGGCCCAUGCGCUGGGAUUGCCGCUGCCAGAGCAGCUACCCGUGGAACAGCUGUCCUUGGAGUCUGUGCCACAGCAGCCCCGCCACCAUGCCCAUCAGCAGCUUUCGUCGCAACACCACCAGUAUCCACUUGGACUGUCCUGGGGCGAGGGCGACAGCCAGGGCUUCUUGGCGGCCGGGCUGGAAUCGCACGCUCCCCUGGAUGAGACUGACCUUCUCCGGGCAUCGGGAGCCGGUGGCCCGGGUCUCACGUCGCACGAGGGCCACCCAGCCGGCGGAGGGGCUCAUGCACCGCGAGGUCGUGCGGCAGUGGCGGCGGCGUAUGCCGCGGCGGCCGCGGCCGAAGCAGCCUCCGGCGCCCCCUCGCCACACAUGGUGGCCUCCAAUGCUGACGAUGUGCCGGCCGGCCAUCGUCACUCGCUGGAGGACGAUCUGCACCAUGGGUCCGGGGGCCCGGUGGGUGGCCUUCAUGCGACUCCGCCGGCGCUCGGGCGCUUUGAGGCGCCGCCCGGGUCGGAAGCGCUCGACCCGCUGCACUCGGGAUGCCAUCUCCUUUCGGAACGCGAUGAGCGCUAUUGCUUCCUGCUGAAACUGAUCUGGCCCCUGCUUGAUGGUGAGCAUACUCUGCAUGCGAUCUGUUGGCACCUGCAGCAGCUCGGCGAACUCAGCCCGACCGUGGUCCCAGGCCGGAGGACAAACACACCGGACGAUGUGUAUCACCUGCUGGGGCUGUUGCGUGAUGUGGGGGUGUGCGUGUCCUUGAUUUCCCCGUGA